AUUUUAAAGGCAAAGAACUAUUUCUAUUUCUUAUAGAAAAAUAUAUUUUAAAAAAAUUUUGAGAAAUAUAAAAAAUAUGUUAAAAUUUCCACGAAUUAUUUUUUUUAUUUUAACGCGGCAAUUUCCUACUUACUUGUUAAGUCGGAGUUACCCGAUGGGGCACCGAACCCGAAAAGUCAAAAAUGGAGGAUGUGCGAGUUCCGUAAGCUGUAACAGAUCAAAUAAUCAAAAAAUUGCAAAUGAUGGAAAUGGCAAAGCAGCAAAUUUUGACCUUGCAAUUGGAUGCCUGAGCUGUUGGCCUCCCAAAUUUCCAAAACCCUAAUUCCCCUUGAUUCCGUUAUUUGUUGCCAAUUUCAAAUUCUCAUAUUGCUUAAAACCGCUAGAUCCGAACCCCAAAUUCCAAUCUGAAUCUUAGAAAUGAGACGAUCUUUGAUUAUUUUUCUGCUGCUGGAACUAUUGUUUGCUCCAAUUAUUCGAUGUUUCUCAAACUUGGCAAUUUCUGAGAACUCCCUCUCCAAUCCGUAUCUCAAGGGCUUUAAUCACUUCAGCAGCUCUCUUUUGCCGUCCACACCUAAGAAAGAUGCAGCAGUGGUAGUUGCUUUGGAUGGAAAAAUAUAUUACGUAGACGCUAAUUCGAAGGAAAUUCUCUGGUCAUUCUCGUCUGGAUGGCCCAUUUAUUCUUCUUAUCAGAUUGACAAUGACAAUAGUAACAGUAAGGUUAAUGCAUCUGAGUCCAUUAAUGACUUCUAUGUUGAUUGUGGCGAUGAUUGGGCACUCUAUUUGCAUAGCAAGAGCUUUGGUAAAGUGAAACUGCCUUCGGGUGCUGAAGAAUACGUAAAAAAUGCUCCAUAUCUGUAUGACGAUGGAGGAGUCACAUUAGGAUCAAAGAGCACCACGAUGUUCCUUGUUGAUGCCAAGUCUGGAAAAGUAAUUUAUACUCGUAAGUUGGCUAAUUCUCCUCUCUUAUCAGGGGUUCAGAGUGGUGAAGAAAAUCCUGUUCUAUUGAAGGAAAAUGCUGAAGAGUUGGUAGAGUCCAGUCCCGUUGAUCUUGAAACAGUUGAGCAGCUGCUUUACAUCAUGAGAACUGAUUAUGCACUGCAGCAUUAUUCUCCAAAAACUGGCAAAAUUUUAUGGAAUGUGACAGUUGCUGAAUUUGAUGCUUCCUUUCGGUUUCCCACUAUCGAGGAUGAGCAUGGAAAAUAUAAGGGUCAUUUGAACUCACCAUUAUUUCAUCAGCUGAAGCCUGCUAUUCUUCGUAUACGUGAUCAUAAGUUGAUGGAAUCUCCUUCUGUAUUUGACAGACUAGACGAACGACUUCCACUUUCUCUGCCUGAUGAAGGACUUUCACAUCCUCACCAAAAACGACUUCCUCUGCCUGCUCAUAAUCAUUAUCUUCCCUCUUUGGCUUAUAGCCAAAUUCCGGUUCCUUCUGAUGGCCAAGAAUUACUUGCUCUUCCCGUAUCUGAAUUUGAGGAUUCUGGGAUCUUGGGUACCCAUGAUAGGAGUUUUGGUAAAAGGAAUAUUACUAGUGUAGCAACUGAAACUAUAGGGACUUUUUAUCAACAAUAUUUAAUCCAAGUACUUCCCAUUCUUUUAUUCAUUUUGGGUUCAAUCUUUUGUUUUGUGGCAUUCAGAAAACAACAUCCUCCUUUAAGUAAGGUGGCCGAAGCGUAUAAAGUGCAAACUGGAGUUCCUAGAAAAAAAAGGCCACGGAGGUUGGGAAACAGUAAGAGUUCUGUCAAUAAUGAGAAAAAUUCAAAAUACAUCUCAAAUGAGAAUAAUAGUGGGGUUUCUAAUGGACUCACACGUAUUGAAGGAGGUGAAAGGAAACCUCUGCCAACCCUCAAUGAUAUUGUGGAUGGUCACUUAAAUGGACGUAGGAUCGGUAAGUUACUUGUUUCCAACAAAGAAAUUGCUAAGGGAAGCAAUGGCACUAUUGUACUUGAGGGAAUCUAUGAUGGUCGUCCAGUAGCUGUUAAACGGCUUGUGCAGACUCAUCAUGAUGUAGCUCUGAAAGAGAUUCAAAAUCUUAUUGCCUCUGAUCAGCAUCCAAACAUUGUCCGUUGGCAUGGAGUGGAGUAUGAUCAAGACUUUGUUUAUCUCUCUUUGGAGCGUUGUACUUGUAGCUUGAAUGACUUAAUUUUUUUUCACUCUGCAUCUUUUCAACAUCAAACUAUCACCAAGGAUCAGGAUUCCCAAUUUUCAAAAGAGUAUACCAUACAACUACAUUCAAUGAUGGAAAAGAAUGCAGGUAUUGAAUUGUGGAAGGCUGAUGGAUAUCCUACUCACCAGCUGUUAAAAUUGAUGAGGGAUGUGGUUUCAGGACUUGCUCAUUUGCAUGAACUUGGCAUCAUACAUCGGGACCUGAAACCUCAGAAUGUUUUGAUUAGCAGGGACAGAUCUGUAGGUGCCAAACUUUCAGAUAUGGGCAUCAGCAAGCGCCUCAUUGGGGACAAGUCUUCCAUAACUCAGCAUGUGACUGGUUAUGGAAGUUCAGGUUGGCAAGCACCUGAACAACUUCUUCAUCAGCGCCAGACACGUGCAGUAGAUUUAUUUAGUUUGGGUUGUGUUCUCUUCUUCUGUGUCACUGGGGGUAAACACCCCUAUGGCAAUAAUUAUGAGCGCGAUGCAAAUAUCGUGAAUGACCGGAAAGACCUUUUCCUUGUCGAGAAUAUGCCUGAAGCUGUAGAUCUUUUUAAUCAUCUCUUGCAUCCCAACCCUGACUUGAGGCCAAAAGCCAGAGACGUAUGGCACCAUCCUUUCUUUUGGAGUUCUGAGAUCAGACUUUCGUUUCUUCGAGAAGCUAGUGACCGGGUUGAAUUGGAAGAUAGGGAGAAUGGAUCUAAACUCUUAAAUGCAUUAGAGAGUACCGCAACUGUUGCCUUCAAUGGGAAAUGGGACGAAAAAUUGGAAUCGGCAUUUAUUGAUAAUAUCGGCAGCUACAGACGGUACAAAUUUAACAGUGUUCGUGAUUUACUGCGUGUCAUACGAAACAAGUUAAAUCACUACCGGGAACUUCCCCAAGAAAUCAAGGAGAUAUUAGGGCCAGUUCCUGGGGGGUUUGACAGUUAUUUCUCAAGCCGGUUUCCAAAGCUCUUAAUUGAGGUUUACAGAGUAAUGUAUGAUUACUGCAAAGAGGAGGAAUUCUUCCGCAAGUACAUAGAAAGCAAUCUUAUCUAGGCCUCACUGCUACAGAUACCGUUCUUUCGUUCCAUUUUGUGUACAUUUUGUAACUUUUUCUGUAAGUAAAAAGAAACUGUAUCAUAUUACAAUUUACAAUGAGUAUAAAAUAAAUGCUAAAUAUACA